AUGGGAAGAGCUUUCGUGUAUGUAAUUCUCGGAGGAGGUGUUGCUGCUGGUUAUGCUGCUCUCGAAUUCACGAGGAAAGGUGUCUCCGAGGGCGAACUCUGCAUCAUUUCCGAAGAACCCGUUGCACCAUAUGAGAGGCCCGCGUUAAGCAAAGGUUUUCUGCUGCCAGAAGCUCCUGCACGGCUUCCUUCUUUCCACACUUGUGUUGGGGCUAAUGAUGAGAAGCUCACUCCGAAAUGGUACAAGGAAAAUGGAAUUGAAUUAGUCCUUGGAACUCGUGUUAAGUCCGUUGAUGUGAGGAGGAAGACUCUUUUAUCGAGCACUGGGGAAACCAUAAGUUACAAAUUCUUGAUCAUUGCGACAGGUGCCAGGGCGUUGAAGCUCGAGGAAUUUGGCGUGGAAGGCUCAGAUGCUGAAAACGUUUGUUACUUACGAGAUCUGAGCGACGCAAAUAGGCUUGCCACUGCGAUCCAAUCAAGCUCCAAUGGGAAUGCUGUUGUUAUUGGUGGUGGCUAUAUCGGCAUGGAGUGUGCUGCAUCUUUAGUGAUCAACAAGAUCAAUGUGACCAUGGUUUUUCCAGAGGCUCACUGCAUGGCGCGUCUCUUUACGCCCAAGAUUGCAAGUUUGUAUGAAGAAUACUACAGAGCUAAAGGAGUGAAAUUCAUCAAAGGAACGGUUUUGACAUCAUUUGAGUUUGACUCAGAUAAAAAGGUCACGGCGGUCAAUCUCAAAGAUGGGAGCCAGUUACCAGCAGAUUUGGUCGUGGUUGGAAUUGGAAUACGACCAAACACGAGCUUGUUUGAAGGACAGCUAACGAUAGAGAAAGGAGGGAUCAAAGUGAACAGCAAAAUGCAGUCAAGUGACAGCUCGGUGUAUGCAAUAGGCGAUGUAGCUACAUUCCCAGUGAAAAUAUUUGGCGAAAUGAGGAGGCUUGAGCACGUGGACUCGGCUAGGAAAUCCGCACUGCACGCUGUUUCAGCCAUCAUGGAGCCAGAAAAGACCGGAGAAUUUGACUACUUGCCGUUUUUCUACUCAAGGGUCUUUGCCUUCUCGUGGCAGUUCUACGGAGACCCUGUGGGUGAAGUUGUGCACUUUGGGGAGUAUGAAGACGGCAAAGCGUUUGGAGCGUAUUGGGUUAAAAAAGGUCACCUCGUUGGGUCGUUUCUUGAAGGAGGGACUAAAGAAGAAUAUGAAACUAUCUCAAAGGCGACACAGUUGAAACCAGCUGUGACUGAUUUGGAAGAACUGGGAAGAGAAGGGCUCGGGUUUGCUCAGAGCGUGGUGAGUCAGCAUAUAGUUCCGGAAGUUAAGGAUGUUCCGAGCUCAGAGAUGGCGAGGCAGUCUUCAGGAGUGGUGGUGAUGGCGAAGCCUUUGCAUUUAUGGCACGCGGCGACUGGAGUCGUUGUUGCUGCAUCCGUUGCUGCGUUUGCGUUUUGGUAUGGGAGGAGACGCCGUAGAUGGUGA